AUGCCGUCCGACCGCCGUUCGUCCUCCGCCGGCUCCGGCCAUAGCUCCCGCUCCAGAGCAGAACGCGCAAGCGGCAGCAUGGGCCCCGACGGCGGAGAGGCAGGCAGACGCAUCGCCGCAGAAGACGAGUACAUCCGACAGGAGCUCUCCGAAGCAACCUCCUUCUGCAACGCCUUCUGGGGCCACAACGACGCCGGCUUCGACUCCAUCUCGGCUCGCAUGAAGGCCUCGCAGCGAACCCUCGACGAGCUCAAGUCGCUCUACAAGGAACGUGCAGACAUCGAAGCAGACUACGCAAAACGCCUCGCCAAGCUCGCACGUCAGCCUCUCGGUCACAGCGACACCGGCGCGCUCAAGGCCGCCUUCGACGUCGUCAAGCUCGAGCUCGAUGCCACCUCGCGCACCCACUCCGACCUCGCCAACAUGAUCAAAAAGGACCUCGAGGGCGCCGUCGUCGACUUUGCCAAUCGCACCUGGAACGCACGCAAGGCCGCACAGGCCAACAUCGAAAAGCUCCACAAGCACAAGCACACCCAAGAGGCCUACGUCAACAAGUCGCGCGAAAAGUACGAACAGGACUGCAUCAAGAUCAACGGCUACACCGCACAGUCCAGCCUCGUCCAGGGCAAGGACCUCGACAAGGUCGCCUACAAGCUCGACAAGGCGCAGGCCACCGUCAGCCAGAACGACAAGGACUACCAGAACUUCGUCCGCGCCCUCAAGGACACCACCCUCAAGUGGCACGCAGAGUGGAAGGCCUACCUCGACCAGUGCCAGGACCAGGAAGAGGAGCGCAUCGACUUUACCAAGAGCAACCUCUGGAACUUUGCCAACGCCGUCUCCGCCGUCUGCGUCGCCGACGACGAAUCCUGCGAACGCAUCCGCGUCAGCCUCGAAAACGUAGACACCCCGCGCGACGUCCAGUUCUUCAUCCAGCACGCCGGCACCGGCUCGCUCAUCCCCGCCCCACCAGAGUACAUCAACUACGCAAAGGGCCAGGCGCCUCCCGCUCGUCCCGUCUACCACACCGCUCGAUUCCAGCGCAACACCACGCGCCCCACCCAGCUGCCCAUCCCUCAGCAGCCUCCUCAACCGCAGCAGCCUUCUCCCUCUGCUGGCGUUCAGCCGCUCCAGUCGCACCACUCGUCGCAAGCGCCAUCGCCGCAGCCUCCGCAGCCACCAGCUCAGCCCGUCGUCGCGCAGCGCAACGCCCAGCCCUUCCAGGACAAGCCCGUGCCGCCGCAACCCGCCACCCAAUCCUUCGACUCGCCUCAACGCCAAUACGAGCCUGACCAUCGCCAGCAAACCUCUGCGCUGCCAACCACCGACUCGGCCUCCGCUCCCUACGCUACUCAGGUGAGUCCCGAUCCGGACCUCGGACACGCCCAUUCGCCAUCGAGGCCAGUCAAUACGCAGCGCAGGAUGUCGGCUAAAAACUUUCUCGCGCGCACCUCUUCGCUCUCGCAAUCCAAAUCGCCCAAAUCACAGUCCUCCUCGCGCCCCGCGCCACCCGCAGCGCUCGGCGGCGCCACCUCCUCCAACCACCAGCAGCAGCCAGCCGCGUCUUCGGCUUCCAACGCCGAUGAUGACGACCCCAUCGCCAAGGCGUUGGCCAGCUUGCGUAUGCGUCCGGGCGGCAAGUCUCCCGGUCUCGGGCGCAGAGACAGUCUGUCGGCCGACCAAAAGCCCCCCGCACCUUUUGCCCAGCCUGGUCAGAUUGUCCACAACAUGCCGCCCGAGCAUCGCGCUCACUCUCCGUCGCCAAGCAUGGCCACCAACAUUCCGCCGCGCGCUCGAUCGCCCUCGGCGGCCUUCAUGCAGGCUCCUGCGCGCGCCGCCUCACCCCUGCCCGUCGAGGAGGUUGUGGGCCAGUAUGGACAGUCGUUCCCCGGUGAGCGCAAGUCGCUUUCGCGACAGAACUCGGUGGCGUCGCGUGCGGGCGCGCCCGCGUCGGAAGCACCCAGGAGCCCAAGCAAGCACCAGCAGGAUCAAGGCUUUGCUGGCGUUGGCGCUCGAGGCCGGAGCCCGAGCCCGCAGCCCUGGUCGCGUCCGACGCAACAGCAGCAACAGCUGCAACACCAGCAGCAGCAGCAACACGCAGCGCAGUCGCCUCGAGCUCCAGCACCGUCGGAUCAGCCAAAGUCCGGCACGCUGUCGCGAAGACAGUCCAACGUGCCUCCUCGCAGCACCACGCCGUUGGGAAUCGCGCUCGACGCUACGGGAUCAGUCACGCACGAUCAGAUGGCCGUCGACUACAUGCGAAGGGCCGGCAGCGUUCCACCUCAGCAACAGCCGCAGCAGCCGCCGCCUCAAGCAGCCGCUGCGCCGCCCGCACAUGCGCAGCAGCCUGCUCGACCGCCGUCGGUGGUUCACGCCAACUAUCAGGCGGCAGCUCCGCAUCACCAAGCACACGCUUCGGUGUCGAGCCAGUACAGUAUGGCGCCAGGGGCGACAUCCGCGCCGGCGAUCCAGAGUCCCUAUGCGUACCAGGGCCAGCACGGUGCGCAGGCUUCGAUGUACUCGGGCGUGGGACAGUCGACGCCGCAGAUGCCCACGCAGGCGGCGCCACAACAGCAGUACGGCUAUGCAGCGUCUGGGUAUGGACACCAACCGGCGGCGAGUCAGAGUGUACCGGCGCACUUGGCGCAUCAGCAGGGAGGAUCGUACUCGACGUCCCCUGCGCCUGCAGGGUAUGCGCAACAGGCUCCUGUUCAACAGGCACCGGGUCAGUACAGUCAGUACGCAGGUGGGGUUCAGCAGGGACAGUAUACGGGUGGGCAGGAGACGGCGGCAUCGGCGUACAUGCACGAGUACCUGCAACAACAGGCUCCGCAUGCAAAUGGCGUUGCACACGGUCAUCAGCCGAGCAUGUCACAGGGCCAGCAUUAUCAGCAGUGGAAUAGGGCCACCAGUCCGGCACCUGCUCCAGCACCUGCACCUGCACCUGUACAACAAGCACCAGCACCAGCACCAGCACCAGCACAGGUAGCGCCGGGUGGGGGACAGCCUCAGGGUCAUGCACCGACUGGACAGUACAGCGACGCAGGCCAACCGAUCUUGUUCUACGUCAAGGCGCUGUACGAUUAUCAGGCAACCAAUCCGGACGAGUUCAGCUUUACCACGGGCGACAUUAUUGCAGUCACGCAUACCGAGGCCGACGGAUGGUGGCAGGGAGAACUGCUGGAUGAAGCGAGGAGAAAGGCGGGCGCCAAUACGUUUCCCAGCAACUUUGUUGCCCUGCUCAUGUAG